AUGACGGCUCGAUGUUUCGACCAUCGCACCACCAAUUUCGUGGCGACGCGGUGGAUUCUUGCUGACCCCACCUUCUCCCUCCAUCUCUUGCUUCCCUCCUCCCACAGCCAGGGUCUUGUUGGUGCUGCUGUUAUCCACGAUCCCCAACCGGCCGCGCCAAGUCCCACACCAAGCACCGUGCGGGUGUCUGUUGGUCCUCCAUCGGCUACCUCCACUCCGAAAAGAGUGCGUUCAGGGAAGUGGGCGCAGCAUACCCUGCUCAUCGGAGGCCGCCGUCUUUCUGCUUCGAACACUCCGGCUGAUCCACCACCUGAUGAAGCCGCACCGCCAGAGGAAGAUGUGUUCCCGAUCCGCGCGGACACCGGCUCGCCCGCCCUCACCAAGGCGCAGCUGCGGGAGCAGAUGUACCUGGAGGCCAGCAUCAUGUACGACACGAGGUGGUCGGGACAGUUCUCUUGGCUUGUGUUUGGGAAAACCAAGGAGGGGUUUCCCUAUGUGAAGGAGGCGCUGGCUGUUAAGGACGCGGCGACGUCCAACCCCGACCUGGGCAUGGUGGACAAGGUGGUGCGCACCGUGGCGGCAAAACUUGGAGAUUCGUCAGUCUGGAGCCAACGCUUCAAGUACCUGCAGUGUGUGAUCUACAGCACUAACCUCGAAGUCCAGGGGAUCCACACGGUUCGCUGGCUGUCACGCGGAGAUGUCGUGCGUCGGCUGUGCAAGGUGCUCGGUGCGUGUAUCGUUCUUCUCUGGGAGAGGAGUCACAAGGUGUACGAGAUCGUCACGUGCUACAAGUUUCAGUUCUGCCUGUUCUUCCUCGCCGACAUCCUCGCCGACAUGAACGACCUCAACCGCUGUUUCCAGAAGCGUGAUAUUGAUGUGACGGAGAUUUCCAAUACCAUCGAGGCCACCGCGGCGGAUCUGACGGAGCGGUAUUUGGAUACCGACAAGCAGUUUGGGGGCGAGGGCAAGUGCGGGCUGGUCGGCUUUCUGAAGCUGCACGGGCAUGGUGGAGGCAAGAAGGUUCGUGUGAGAGGCGUGGACGGGGAGGGACGCCCAAUCAACCAUCUGUACACCAUGCACGAGCGUAAGCUCCCGGGGCACAAAGUGGGGAGCGGAUACGAGGAGUGCGUGAAGCUCAAACUCUUCCGCCACAAGCUGCCGGGAUUCGACCUCAAGGCCGCAGAGAGGGAGCUUCCCACAUUCUGUGCGAUCAUGGAGGUGCACCACGAGAUGGAAAGCUUCACGCAGGGACUGACCAAUGUUCUCGGGAGCGCAGACUCGAAGAGGUCUAUGAGGAGGAGGCGCCCCGCAAAGAGCGUGAAGCUUGAUGUGGCUGAGCGUGAAAGGAGGGGGAAAGCAAAGGAGGGUGAAGUCGAAGCAGGAGCUGCCCGCCAAAACGACGGGGAGGAGGAGGAGGAGGAGGAGGAGGAGGAGGAGGAGGAGGAGGAGGAGGAGGAGGAGGAGGAGGAGGAGGAGGAGGAGGAGGAGGAGGAGGAGGAGUGCGACGUGAAACAGGCCCUGGGCGACGAUCAGGAGCUUGUGGGGGAGGAGGAGGAGGAGGAGGACAACCCCUUCCUUUCGGACGAUGAGGAUGUGGAGGAAGUGUUCUACAUCGAUAGGCCUGUGCACUAG